UGGCGAGAGCCCAGCAGUGGUGCUGAUGUUGAGAGAAGCCCAGGGUACCACUAAUUGAAGGAGUGAGAAGAGAACAGCUCGCUUUGGAAUCCGGACUGCAGGAUUGUGAUCCAGUUCUGAGCGGGUGAUAAACACGCCCUGUGACCUUUGGUCAAUUCAGCCACCAGAUUCCAGCCAACAUGACCCUCGCAGCCUAUAAAGAGAAGAUGAAGGAACUCCCACUAGUUUCUCUGUUCUGCUCCUGCUUCCUGUCUGAUCCCCUGAAUAAAUCAUCCUACAAAUAUGAAGGCUGGUGUGGGAGACAGUGUAGGAGGAAAGGUCAAAGCCAGCGGAAAGGCAGUGCUGACUGGAGAGAAAGAAGAGAACAGGCAGACACAGUAGACCUGAACUGGUGUGUCAUCUCUGAUAUGGAAGUCAUCGAGCUGAACAAGUGCACCUCGGGCCAGUCCUUUGAAGUCAUCCUGAAGCCACCUUCUUUUGACGGGGUGCCUGAGUUUAAUGCCUCCCUCCCAAGACGGCGAGACCCAUCAUUAGAAGAGAUCCAGAAGAAGCUAGAAGCAGCGGAGGAGCGAAGGAAGUACCAGGAAGCUGAGCUCCUGAAACACCUCGCAGAGAAACGAGAACAUGAGAGAGAGGUGAUCCAGAAAGCUAUCGAGGAAAACAACAACUUCAUCAAGAUGGCAAAAGAGAAGCUGGCCCAGAAGAUGGAGUCCAAUAAGGAGAACCGAGAGGCCCAUCUGGCUGCCAUGCUGGAGAGGCUGCAAGAGAAGGAGCCGCCUGCUGCGCGGUGACUCCCGGGACCGAUCGGUGGCCUCGUCCCAUGGACAAGCACGCAGAGGAGGUGCGGAAAAACAAGGAGCUGAAGGAAGAGGCCUCCAGGUAAAGCCCAGAGGCCAAGGAAGUUUCCAGGACAGCCGGACAGCUCCCGCAGCAACCUGGUUCCAGCAGCCUAGGCUGCUGGCUGCUCUCCCAGCACUGGGGUUCGGGGGGAGGGGGGUGGCCAAGGGGCGUUUCCUCUGCUUUUGGUGUUUGUACAUGUAAAAGAUUGACCAGUGAAGCCAUCCUAUUUGUUUCUGGGGAACAAUGAUGGGGUGGGAGAGGGGACAGAGAGAAUGUGGAAAAGGAGUUGAAGAUGAGCCCGAGGACAUUGUGACACUGUCCGCUGACUGCAGACUUGGGCCAAGGCCCCCCGCUUUUCACGGCUCUGCCUGGACAUCCGGCCUCCAGGUUCUGAGUGGAGAGAAGAUGUGAACCGGGGUAGAAGUUCAGAAUGAAGGGCAGAGUCCUGGUGGGGUGGUGGCUGCAGAUCCAGCUGGACAAGCCAGUCUGGAUGGAGUGAGACCCGCCCUGCAGGGGGUGGGAUAAGGUCUGUGUGCGUCUGUUCAUUGUCAUCUUUUGAUCAUCAUGACCAAUGAAACAUUUA